AUGCUUCGUGCUCCCCACUCCGCCCCCGAGUCCCAGAGGCGCGAGAUUUGGCGGAGUUCGGUUUUCCUCAGAAUCCACUUCGGCGACGGUAAGCGUUUUAUGGGGACCUCGGGCUUGGGUCUCUGCUCUGCAAGCUUCAAUGAUCAGCUCAAGGCCAAUAACUUCCCUUCUAAUUCCUCAGAGAUCAAAUGGGGAGAUUUAUCCAAACACAAAUAG